AUGUUUUUAACAUUUCCACAUCACUUCUCCCUACCUGUACUUCCAUCCUCAACCAAUUCCACAGUAUCGAGCAUUAACUCUGAAGCUCCUCUUCCCAUGAAUGAUCAGAAAGCAGAAAAAUCGCGACCACUUCGUUGUAAUGAAUUAUGUGCUGUAUGCGGUGAUCACUCAACUGGAUAUCACUAUGAAGUUCCAAGCUGUAAUGGAUGUAAAACCUUCUUUCGCCGAACAAUUAUUUCCGAAAGAACAUUUAAAUGUCAUAAAAAUGGAAAUUGUAUGUUUACCAAAGAUAUCCGAUGUGCUUGUCGGUCUUGUCGAUUCAAGAAAUGCCUCGAAGUUGGAAUGAAUCCACGAGCAAUUCAAACGUCAAGACCAGGCUUCUCCCCGAAAGAGGCUUCUCCACUAAGCUCGUCAAGUCCGGAACCUAUGAGUAAAAAGAGAGCCUACGACAUAAAUUCUUUGUUGGAUAUGCAGAAAGCAUCCUGUUCCACGUCUGCAUGCUCAACAUCAGCUUCUCCAUCUUCACCAGAGCCAAAAGCUCAGAUUAUAGAUAAAGAGCAAAUCCAACGUAUUAAUGAAAUUAUGAAUUUGGAAGACCGUCUAGAUUAUCUUCGAAAAUCGAACUUUACAGCUUCGCGCAAUCUAUUGGAUUUGUUGACGAAACCGUGUGCUCUUGAUGAUAUCACGAAAUACGAGCCGUCACCACUUCAUUUCGUUGGUAAUCAAGACAUUGAUUUCGAUAAAGAAGCAACUUAUGUAAUCGAAUAUAUUAAAUCAUUCAGUUGGUUCCGAGAAAUGUCUUUCGGCGAUAAGUGCGCACUGCUCUGUGAUCGAGCACCACCAUUGGUGACAUUAAGGAUUGCGUAUAAGAGAUCAAUAAGACCACAUGAUUAUGACGACUUCUACAGCUCCACGUUAGAAAGUGUUGUUUCCACUAUGCAACGACUGGAUAUUGAUAGAAAAACAUUUGCAUUAUUGAAUAUUGUUAUGUUAUUGGAUUGCUCGAGUUACGUCCUUAGUGCACAAGCGAAGGAAGUCUUAACGGAAGAAAGAAUGAAACUGUUGUAUUGUUUAAGAGUAAAUUUAUUUCAAAAAGCCACAUCGACAGCAGCUUUGUUAUUAGCUGACCAUCUUUCUCUUAUGUGGACGAUUCUCAAAGUAGCUGCGAAGUUUCGAAGUGAAAUUGUGAAGAAUGUGCCUGUAAAUAGUCUAACAAGACAGUUGUUUGAAGUUGUACAUUUAUAA